AUGAUAACAAUAUUCUUCUUCGAAAUUCUCGUUAUCGGUCUAGGAUGUAUUAAUAUAGUGACAUCCAGCCAUUUUCGGGGUGGUUCCAUUUUCUGGAAACCUACUGGUAACGGUUACGAGGUCGAAUUCAGUGCUAAGCUAGGAUGGGCAUACAGAAGGAAUGCGUGUAGCUCAAGUAACCUUAACGUGUACCAACCCUCAUCCAUCGCUUCCUGGAUAUGCGUUUCUGGAUGUCCAGGGAACAGAACGAUGGUGAACGCAAACAGGCCAGGUUUUACGUGCACUGGGUUUGACGCUUCACAAAAUUGGGAGAGGACUGAAAGCACGUUCAGUUACGUCUUUCCUGGGCCAGGACCUUACGUCAUUGAGUUUACAGGUGGAGCAUGGAUAAGCGAACUUGGAAGUGGAAACUGGCGAUUAACUACAACGGUGGAUUUGCAUACACGUUCAGACACUCUCGCCCCAAACUUCAGCCCCGUUGUGCCAACCAAACCUGUUUACUAUGUUCAAAACGGAUGUAAGGAAACGCUCCGGUUACCAGUGUCAGAUGAAGAUGGUGACCGCGUGACAUGCAGAUGGUCAACGGGUCUUGAGUGUGAAGGCGUUUGCUACUCUGCAGGAAAGGCACCAGUAGCAACCCUUCAAACGAAUUGUGACUUAACGAUCGAUGCUAGCCUAGACCAAUAUGGUGUCUACGCCUUGGCAAUUACGAUUAAGGACAAACCUACAUCAACAAUAACCAUCGGGAGCACACCGUAUGCACCGUCGAGGGUCAUAUCAUCGGUACCUCUACAGUUUGUUUUGUUGACACCCGAACCUCGUAACAGAUCUUGCUCUGAUAAGCCUAUGUUUCUUGAACCAACUCCGUCAGAAAAUGACGUUCUUGUGUACAAACCAGGGGAUACUGUUAGUCUGAGGUUCUAUGCAACAUCAAGAGCAGCAACGAUUAUAUCAUUUACACUACUUGAUCCACCAACCAAUGUAAGACAGUCUGCUCUGUGCAAUGACGACAGGUUCCGACCUGACGUCUAUGCAAUGGACCUCACAUGGACACCAGUGGCUGCUGACAGGGGCUCUAAAACCAUCUGUGUGGAGGCGACAGACAACUGCUUGAUGAGUACCCAACAUUGUGUGACUCUUCUUGUCUUGGAUAUCAAUCCAUGCGACAGUUCACCAUGUAAACACAAUGGAACCUGUCAACGUCAAGGAUACAUGGACAACUAUAACUGCGCAUGCGUACCAGGUUUCACGGGACACAACUGUAUAAUAGACAUUAACGAGUGUGCUAGCAGCCCAUGUCAACACAAUGGGACCUGCAUUGACCUAGUUAACGAGUUCUUCUGUGGAUGCCUUGAUGGAUACACAGGCUUUGAAUGUGGAAUAGAGAUGAACGAGUGCGCUAGCAGCACAUGCCAUCACAAUGGAACCUGCUAUGACCUAGUUAACAAUUACUCUUGUGGAUGUCUGGAUGGCUACACCGGCUAUGACUGUGAAAUAGACAUUGACGAGUGUGCUAGCAGCCCAUGCCAACAUAAUGGGACAUGCUUUGACCAAGUAAACGAGUUCAUCUGUGGAUGUCUUGAUGGAUACACCGGCUUCGACUGCGGAAUAGAUAUUAACGAGUGUGCUAGCAGCCCAUGCAAACACAACGGGACCUGCUUUGACCUAGUUAACGAGUUCGUCUGCGGAUGUCCGGAUGGAUACACCGGCUUUGACUGUGGAAUAGAUAUUAACGAGUGUGCUAGCAGCCCGUGUCAAAACAUUGGGACCUGCGUUGACCUAGUUAACGAAUUCGUCUGUGGGUGCCCUGAUGGAUACACUGACCUUGACUGUGGAAUAGAUGUUAACGAGUGUGAUAGCAGCCCAUGUCAACACAACGGGACCUGCUUUGACCAAGUGAACGAGUUCGUCUGUGGAUGUCUGGAUGGAUAUACCGGCUUUGACUGUGGGAUAGACAUUAACGAGUGUGCCAGCAGCCCAUGCCAACACAAUGGGACCUGCUUUGACCAAGUGAACGAAUUCUUCUGUGGAUGCCUGGAUGGAUACACUGACCAUGACUGUGGAAUCGUGUUCGGUUCAUCAUCAUGA